AUGAAUGCAGAGAUUACGAACUUAAUUCAGCAGUGCCGACUAUGUGCUCAGUUUCAGUCUGCGAAGGUGAAGGAGCCGUUGCGACCUUAUCCCAUCCCGAAAAGUCCAUGGACUGUAUUAGCUGCUGAUGCAUUUGAAUAUAGGAGAUCCAACUAUCUCCUCUUAGUUGACUACUACUCUAUAUUUACCAUAUUGGCUAAUCUGGCAAAUCUGUCAUCAGGAACAGUGGUAACUCAGCUAAAAUCUGUCUUUUCGCAGCAUGGAGCUCCUCAGGUGAUGGUCUCGGACAAUGGCACUUGCUUUGUCUCAGCAUACUUCAAGGAAUUCGCCAAAGAGUGA